AUGAAAAAGUGGCUAUAGAAAAAAUUGAAUUAAAGUCUUUCCGAUGAUUAAAAUAAGCAUAGACUGACUAGAAAGGAAAGAUAUAUGAGAAAAUAUUUGAAUUCUGAAAAAUGUUAUAAUUAUUGGGAGAUUAUGACAUCCAAUAAUCUAGUUUAAGUAAAUCUAAAUAGAGAAUCGCAAGGAUUUAUUAAACAAAUUAAAGAAAUCUUUUAAAAUCCUGAAUAAAUCUUUGAUGUUGAAUUGCAAUAAAAAUUAAUGGAUUUAUAUACACUCUAAGAGGAUUAAACACCAGUAUUGGCAAUAUUUGCAGUUGGAUUUCAUCAUAAAAGAGGAUCAGAAAUCGAGUACUCUUAUCCAGAAUUAUCAUAAUUGACAAAUGGCAUGGAGAAUAUAAUCAAUACAGUGACGACUUGUGCUUUGCCAGAUGCAGUCCAUAAUGCUAAUGAAGACUAUUUAUAUUUUAAUUUCGAUGCAUAAAUAAAUGGGAAAACCAAGCCAUUGUUUGGUGUAACAUGCUUCAAAUAGAUUAAAGUAACAGAAGAGUUAAAAAAGCAAAACCCAGAAUUAACCAGAGGGCACAUCUAAAAGGCCAUCUGUUUGUUAUCAUUUGUGCCUCUCUUUGGAUACAUCAAGAGCAGAUUGGAGCCUACAAUAUAAGCAUACUUUUAAUUAUAGGACUUCAAAGAUAUGUCAAUUUUGAAUUAUGCCUUUGACAGUAUAUUAUAAACUUUUGAUUUAAAGAAUGUAGAAAUUUCAGCAUUAUAUACAGAUACUAAUUUGAUUGGGUUGUUUUGGAUAUUUAAAGAUAAAAUAUUCAAAAUACUUAAGGCAGUUUAAUAUUAGAUGAAAAUAAUUAUAUACUCUUAAUCCUCUAGUGUUUGUUCUAGAUUUAUAAUAAGUUUGUUGUCAUUAAUUCCAGGUUUGUUGAAUUUCAAUUUGUAAUCCAAGAAAUCACUUAUAUAGGUAAUGCAAUUUGUUAUUCUAAGGAAAGUUACUUGAGUAAUUUUGGUUUGCCCUUUAAAAUAUUUACUGAGAACUAUAAAUUAUUUAUGCAUUUUAGUGUUACAGACCUAAAUAUGUUAUAAAGUAGCAAUCUUAAAGGCUAUUUGAUUGGAACAACAAGUAAAUUUAUUAAGGGUCUCAACCAAUUGAAUCCAGAGAUUAUAAUUGAUGUUGACACAGGAGAACUAAAUAUUUUGAAAGAAUAGUAUAAGAAAUUAUUAAAGUAAUGUUUUUGAAUAAUAAAGUCUUAAAUUAACUGAAAAAUAACUUUAUAGUGCCAUUAAUACGGAUUGUUUAAAAACAUUGGAUUUAAAUUAAUAGGACUAGUUAAGGAAAUUAAUCCCCAUUCAAAAUCAAAAGAUCACAUUUCAAGGUAGUGAGGAUUGGAUAAGAAAAAUAAUUCAUGAUCAUUAUAUAAAAGUGCUAUCUGAAAUUAGCUACUUUGUUAUAAACUUAUAAACAUUUGAUGAAAGGAUAAAUAAGUUGACUGCAAUUAGAACUAGAAAGAGUAUGAUAAUUAAAUAGGAAAUAAGUCCAUAAGAUGUAAUAUUAGAAUCUAUAAUAAAAAGAGCUCUGAUGAUGAGGAUAAUGAAUCUUAAGACCCGUAUAAAUUAGAAAUAAAGAAGCAUAAAGAAAAUUUGGUUGAAGAAUUAAAAAUCAAGGAAUAUCGUAAUUUGCUAUACGAUCUAAUGAGAGUGAUAAGAAAGCAUAAUAGAAAAGGCAUCAUAUAUUGGAUCACUAAAACUGAGAAUGGACUUAAAUGGUUAAAAUCCUUUGAUUAUUCUAUCAUCACAAAUUCUGAGUGUUUUGAUAAAACUUCAACAGUGCCAUUCUACAAAGUCUUUGAAAAUGCAGAUAUAUAUAUUGGAAAUCUGUAAUAUGGUGGACUGAUAGAACUAUUUUAAAAAAGAGUGUACGUAGGUUAGAUUCAGGAUUUCCUUAAACAUGGUUAAGGAAGAUAUGAAAAACUAAUUGACAAGAAAUUUUAAUAUAAGGGACAAUUUAAACAGAACAAAUUUCAUGGAGAUGGAAUACUAAUCGUAGUAAAUGAAUUUUAAUAUAAUGGUCAUUUCGAGUAAAUAUCUCUAUUGAUUUUAGAAAUAAUCAAUUUAAUGGAUAUGGUAAUUUGUAAAAAGAGAAUUAAAUCUAUGAAGGUUGGUUUAAAAAUGGAUAUUACUGUGGAACUGGAAAAUUGAUAUUGCCAAACAAAGAUGUUUAUGUAGGUUAAUUUUCAGAAGGAUUAUUUCAAGGGGAAGGCCAAUACGUUUGGGCUAAUGGGGACAUUUAUAAAGGUAUUUACAAGGCAGGCAAGAGACAUGGUAUGGGAAUCUAUUAAAGUAAUCAUAAGUUUCAAUUUACUUUUAGCUAAAUAAUACACGUAUGAGGGAGAAUGGGUCGAUGAUUUAAAGGAUGGAUUUGGUGUGAUUACACUGCAAGAAAACAACUGCAAAUACUAAGGGUAAUUUUAGAAGGAUGAAUUUGUUUUAAAUCAAGAUAUUAUUAUUAAAUUUCCAGAUGAUAGUAUUUAUAAAGGUAAUUUAGAGAUUAAUUAUAUAGGACAGAUUAAAAAUUAUUAACCUCAUGGGAAGGGUUAUUUAUAAUUUAUUGAUGGAAAAAUUUAAGAUGGUAAUUUCAAGGACGGAAGCUUCAUAGACUAAGAGUAAGUUGAAGAUAACAACGAAUAAGUUACUUUACAUCAAGAAAAUUCAAUUUAAGUGUAAAAUAUUCAAACAGACUCUUAAUCAAAGUAAGAUCUAAAUUAAAUAAUCAAUCAAAAUGAGAAUUAGUAAUAAUAAUUUGAAGAUAGUUCCAACAAAUCAACAUGA